AUGCCCGCUACGUCUGCUGCGCUGGGGCUACGCUGGGCUACGCUGGGCUACGCUGAGCCUACGAGGAGAGCAGGCAUCGCUCGGGACGACUCCAGUGCACACUAUUACCGUGGUACUGCUAUCCUCGUCUGCAUCCUUGGACCUGGGUAA